AAACAUGUAACAGCAUGUUUUCGAAUUCGUGAGCCGUGACCAAGUUUUAUUUUAAAUUUGCUUCAACUGGUGAAGGAUUAAACUUUUAGCAAUAACAAACACAAACACAACAGUUGAUCAAACACAAUAAAAGCGGUGUGAUCAUGGAUGAUAGGGUGUUAUGGUAUCCUGGUUACACUGAUAAAUUUGUCACGCUUGGUCAUGGUCAGGAUGUCAAAUUAUACAAGGUUGUCCGUGUUUCACAGGUAAAUGUAAUCGUGCUUUUUGUAUUUAUAUAGUCUUCGGUUGUUAUCAUGCAUUGCAGAAUGCAUGUAGUUUCUAUUAUGAUAUCAGACAGCUGUGUGACUAGCAUCCCUCCCUUUCCAUGUGUUAAAAUGCAAAUCCCAGGGCCGGUACAUUCCAAGUCUGCCAACAAGUUGUCUUUGCACUGCUUGUUCCAAGUUGUCAACAAGUUUGGAAGAAUCUGUUAACAACUUGUAACAAGCUUGAUGACAUUAUCAGACUUGUUGCAAGGUUGUUCCAACAAGUCCGAUGCAGUCGUGAUAUAACAAUAUUGUUACAACCUUGUGUUGUCAACCUUGUAACAUUCUUGUUAUACCAUGACCAGGGCUCGAAUUUUAUCGCGGCAAUUGCCGUAGAGGGAGAACAAAAUGCCGUGGAUCAUUGCGGCAACUACGGCAAUUUUUUGCCGUAUAGUGCAAUUUUUAUCUUUGAUACCUGAAUUCAGAUGUUGAUCAAAACCUGUGUAAAUCACUAUUUUAGUCUCAAAAUGCUGUGGAAAGUGCCAAAAUUGCCGUAGACAGCUGUUACGUUCCACAGCAAUUUUUAACGCCAUUGCUGUCGAUUGAUUUCAGGGAAAUUCGAGGCCUGACCAUGACUGUAUCAGACUUGUUAGAACAAACUUGUAACAAGUAUGCUAAUGCAUCAAGCUUGUUCCAAGUUGUUAACAGCUUGUUCCAAACUUGUUACAACAACUGGGAACAAGCAGUGCGAAGACAACUUGUCGACAGCUUGUGAACAGAUUUGUAACAACUUGUUUGCAGACUUGUAACGACUUGUGCGUUUUUACGUGUGUAACUCUAUGCCAGAGAUACCUCAAUUUUGCCCUUGAUCACGCCAAUAUUUCAAAACAUUUUACUUUUGGGGACUAAAACCCAUGUGAAAAUUAUAGACAAUCCUGUGUACUUUUAAGACUGUAAAGUAACCUUGUGCCAAUAUAUACCAACAACUUUUAUUAUUAUUUAAUGUCAUGCCAAAAAUGGCAAAAAAUUUUGCAACCUCACACCAGAGUCCAUGGAAUGCACCCUGGCCCAGGGGGAAUCUACCUGCACCAACAGUUUUGACUUCAGGAAUUGUGACCCAUUUCCUCAAAACGUUAAGACUAUCCACAACAAAGUAAUCUUUUCUACUGCACUAAUUUGUGUGCCAAUAGCCAUGCACUGAGUAUUAUUUGGCACACAGACUUUCCAUUCCAUUCUGACCAGGAGAUGUGAAAUUUUAACUUAAAUUGUCACCUGAUAUGAGCUGGCCUAGCAAAGCAAACUUGAAAGUCAACUUGCUUAGCCACAAUACAAACAACAGUUACAAGUAUUAUAUAGCCAAAAAUGGCAAUAAUUUAAGUAAUAAGAUUAAUAUAUAACUAUCAUAAAGUACAUAGUUAAUAAUUAAAAUCAAAAUAAGAUUGAUAUAAUUAGAUUGACAAAUGUACAAAAUUAUGAAAAGAUCUACUAAAUAGUAAUUUUCACAAUUUUAAAGCUCAAUAUUUAUACUGUAUAUUCAUCCAAAUGCAGUCAAGUUUUGUGCACAUACUAAUGCUGAACUGCUCGUUCCUGUGGUUGAGUUCAUUUCUGAAUCAUAAUUUUGUUGCUUUUUACACUCUAUCCCAGCCCCCUGAUCAACUCCGGAAUUGCUAAUUUAUUUAGGUCAAUGAUUGUCUGGUAUGGAAAAGAGUACAUCACGAUCCUUGCUCCUUUAUAAAGUUUUUACCCUAUUAAGGUGUAAAAAAAAUACCGGUUUCAUAUUGCGAAAAAAUUAGGGUCGGUAGGUCGGAAAUAAUUUUUUUUUGAAUAUUUUUUUCAUGUUUUUUUUCAAUAAUUAGUGUGACAACAGAUGCCAUUUUGGCGGCAUGGUCAAUCGUGUUGAAAAAAUAAUAGGGUCGGCAGAAAAAAAUAGGGUCGGUCGGGAACUGGAACCACAGGUAUUUUUUUACGCCUAAUCCUUACUAUAAUUUUCAGUACUUUUCGUUUUAUAGGAUUCUGUACAAACACCCACUACAAUUGGAAGUAGCGGUAAGAGAACAUAAUAAUUACACUACAGAAGAAUUAUUUUCAGAACUUAAAGUAAUUUUUUUUAAACUGAGAGUAUGUACGUGGGGUUGGGGUUGGGGUGGGAUGGGGUUAUUGGAUGCCAGUUAAUUUCAUAGCCGAGGGGAUGAAGAGUAUAAUAUCUAUUCAUUAAUAAAAAAGAACAAUUUCAUUCAUUACAAAUCCAAUUUCAAUUGGUAGUCGCUUAAUGUUUAGUUUAUAUGAGCAUAAAAUAAUGUAUAAUAUGUAUAUGAGCAUAAACUACAGUAGAAGCAUUGACUAACAUUGAGUAUUAAAAGAUGAUAUAAUAGUAUAUUUAGUAAAUGGUUAAUUAGUGGCUCAAGCACAGUUAAAAUUAAGGUUUAUGUAAGGGAGGUAUACUGUAGAUGACAACUUGACAUAAUUAAUAUUGGGGGAGGGGAUACGUAUGCUGAUAACAAUUGAUGACAAAGGGAGGAUGGAGGUAAAGAAAUCCUGAAUCUGAUGACUUAAUAAUGUAGAAUGGCCCUCAAAACUGACUUAAAAUUCCAAUUUAACGUUUAUUAUUCUCAUUGUUCUAUAGAUAUUAGAAUUUCUGAUGAUUAUAAUGCUGUUCUAAUGUCAAGAAUAUCUCAUAUAUCCUAUAGGGUAAAUUUCAACUUUCCUGCAAGAAAUGCAUCACUUUUGCCCUGCAUGUUCCACUUUAUGUAGCAAUUGCACGUUUCAGUUGGUUAUUUAGAGUUUUGGUGAAUUUUAGUGUGCAGCUUUAUACCCAAAAGCUGAUUUAGAGAACAAAGCUUUAAUUGCACUGGGUCAGGUGAAUGGAACUGUUACAGUUAAAACGUAAGUAGAUGUAAUGUUAAUUGAAAUUUGGUGAUAUAGUUAAAUAACUUGAUUUCAUAUUUGAGAAAUUUUGCAAAUAAUUUUCUCGCCAUCGUCGUCCUGUCGUUACUCUCGUCCUUGUCUUCAUAUAAUCAUUGUUCUUCUCGUCCUCAUCUCUUUAUCAUUUGUACUCUUCGUUGUCGUCAUUUUUCUUCAUAUUAUAUAUGUUUUCUCGUUUUUGUUAUCCUCUCAUUCUUGUUCACUUUGUUUUGGAUUGAUAGUGUCCUUGCCUUGGUCUUGUCAAUGUUGUCAACGUGAUUCUUGUUAUCCUUGCUUCCUGCAUUAUCUCCGUCGUCGUUAUGUCUGAUCAGUAGUAUUUGUCGUCACUGUUGUAUUGAGAGUUAUCCCCCUCGUCUUCGUGAACCUAACAACGGGAUAUGAUCUUCAAAAACACGUAAUCCCCAUAUACAAUCUCAUCCACCUUUUCUUGUCUGUCUUCCUUUUCGCGUCUUUUUCAUCAUCAUCCUCUUCUCCGUCUUUUCCUUGGCCUUUUGUCGUGGUCGUCCUCUUACUUUUUUUCGUAUUUCAUCGUUGUCCUUCAUUGACCUCCUUCCUCUGUGCAUAUCAAUUUCUUUUGCCUUGUUAUCCUCUUCCUUCUUUACUUAGUCGUUGUCCUUUUCGUUGUCCUCUUUCCGUUGUCAUUGUGCACGUCAUCAGAUCGUGAUCUUUGCCCUACUUAAUUGUUCUGGCUGUCACUCUCCUUGUCCUUACCGCACGUUGUUCUUAUCAUCAUUUGUAGUCUCGCUCUGUCUAUGUCGCCUUCGUCGCCCUCAUUGUCUCUGACGUCCUCCUCGUCUUCCUUUUCCUUCAUCUUUAUCGUUUGUUGUCGAAGUCCUGAUAGUUUUCUCCUUCCUUUUGUAAUCCUUCUAUCGUCGCGGUAUUGGUUGGUGUUUUCCUUGUUUACGUAAAUUAUUGUUUUAGCAUAGACUAAUGUAGCGUAAUACAUGUUACAUAAUAACUACAGUGAAACACGCAAUUUGAUUGGUCAAUAGCCGUGCAGGAUCAGGCUGUCCUGCACGAGGAAUUAAAAUGCCUUCACGGGAUUUUCGCGGGAUUCUCAAAAUGUCAUUGUUUCACUGUAGUUAUUUUAUAAAACAAUUACCAAAUGGUUUUCCAAGCAGGAUAGCGUGAUCCAUGCACUUGGGAUGUUGCUCAACUUUCGGAAAGCGUAAAAAUACAGUACAUUCGCCUAGCUGCGGCUCGAAUACUGUAUUUUUACGCUUUCCGAAAGUCGCGCGACAUCCCUCGUGCAUGGAUUGCGUGAUCGGUCUUCCUUUACUGAUCGUGGUUGCUUUUCAUCAACAGCCCUGUCGUUCGUUAAAUCGUACACACAAAAUUUUUGCACAUCUGGUUUUUGUUUAGGUUUGAUCAAACAAAUUUCGGACCUUUGGAAACUGAACGGGAAUUUG